GUCCGGGUUUUGUGGCGCGUUUACAUUAAGAGGAAGUACAGCUCAUGAACAGCUUCUGCUGCAACAGGAGAAAAUCUAUUUCACAGCGAGCUGUGGGUUGUCAGAUAACCAGCAAAUACAUAUUCAGCGAAGUAUUUAUAUAGUUUCCUCGGGAUGAAGAUAUCGAGGGGUAUUUAAAAAAAAAAAAACAAGAACAACUCUGUAUAUUCAAACCAUUUGAGAAUGUAAGGAUUUUGUGAACUAUGCUGGACGGCCGUGAGCAAUUUGAAGCCUUUUUCAGCAACUCGAAUGCGGAUGCGUUGCGCUAACAACUCCGUCGUUGACUUCAAGAUGAGAAGCAGGAACACGAAGAUUUUCUUUCCUUUCUAAUGAGCUCACAGAAAGCUGGAUGUGUGUCGGUGUGUGCGGUUUUAUCAACGGAGGUUUUGAGCUUGAAACAGACUAAGAGCGUCGACAUGAAUGUUUAGUUUAGCUAACUGUCUCGCGAGCUAAGUGGCGGUUAUCGGUUUGGAUAGCCAGCUAAGUGAGUUAGCCAUGAAAAUGAAGUUCCGCAAGAGUUAGCUUGGUGAUUUGCAAGGUUUGUUCGUCAAAACCAACCGCAUUUCUUCGUUUCGGUCUUUUUUUUUUUAAACCGUUGUAAGUCCGUUUUACGUAUGCUGACACGACACAAUUUGGAAGCAAACACCAGUGCUUAGAAGUUUUAUUCAGUCGCGUUAAUACUAGUUCGUCUCAAGAGUUGCAAAGCAAGCUAACACCUCGAGCUAAUUUCCUUUCGAGCGCCCCCUCACACUUCUCCAGGUAUUCACUUGCAAAGCAAUAAUAGUUUAUUUAAAAAAAUGUAAUUAGUUUCCUCAUUGCGUCACGUUAAGAAAAAAAAAAGCAUAAAAACCUACAUAUUUGUUCUAGCUACUGUUUUUGCUGCUGGUUGUGAUGUGGUAAAUUCGCAUAAGGCUGAGAACUCGGGUUGUGAAGUUCUAGCUCUGAUUUGACACUGCAUGUUUUAAACUUUCGACAUAUUUGUAUUUGUACAGCUAGGAUAAACUUUUUUUUUUUUAGAUGUGACGGCACGUUUCUCUGUCAAGCUGGGGAAAAAAUGGAGGAGCGAUAGCUGCGUUUGAUAGUGUAGCUGGAACUGCAUUUGAGGGGGAAAAGGAAAAAAAUAUCGUUCAAGCCUCAGCAGUGAUAAACAGGCAGCCCACACGCCUAGCUUUAGGAACCUGAUACAGUGAGCUUGCAAGGUUUUCUAUACCCGUUGUAAUUAUAUUAUUAUUUUUAAUCUUGUUGGUAAAGCUGUAGAAAUAUUCGCCAGAGAGAGAGAAGGGGGUGCACUUGGAGAGGAGAGAAGAGAAGCAAAGCGCGUUGGUCAGAUAUGUUUAGAUUUAUUCGAAAUUGAAGCGUUAACGAGCUCACGCUUGUAAGUGAGCUGUUUUUGUUCUUUGUUCUGGUAAGUCAAACUGUAAACACCGGAUUUACGUCUUACAGGUACGGGUCUUAUAGUUGUUUAUUUUAAAGUGUGAGUUAUUUUACACAUUUUGUCUAGAUUUUAUUUCAACCGAGGCACAUGUUGGAGAACAGUGCACGGUUUAUGACUUAGCCAGGCUAGCUGGAUUGGCCAGCUCACAGUAUUUUUGAUGUGUGAAUUUGGGCUCGAUUUUGACAGUCUUAACCAGCAGGUGGGUUUUCGUAAUACACUCGCUGCAAGGGGUGGGGGGCCGAAAGGGAAAACAGAAUAAAAUAUCCAUUACUGUACUACCUUAGACAGGAUUGAAUUGGGUGUAGAGUUAGAAAGCCUACCGCAGAUCAACACUGCUGCUGCUCGCAGUGGAGACUCUUGUAUUAUUUGCUACAAUGACUGUUUUUUGAAGCUCGGCAAAUCGAGACGAAAGAAAACGCACGGGCUUGAUCGAUGCUCGCCCAGGACUGCCACCCUGCAACCGUGCUGUUGGUUUUGUGUUGAUUCCCCUGCGAUCUCUUUGUGUCUGUAACAUUCCCGCGACUGUUUCUCCAUCCAUUCGACUGAGCCACUGUUGAAGAUGGCGGACCUAGAAGCAGUUCUCGCCGAUGUCAGCUAUUUGAUGGCGAUGGAGAAGAGCAAGUCGACUCCAGCGGCCCGAGCAAGCAAGAAAAUUAUUCUCCCUGAACCCAGUAUUCGGAGUGUGAUGCAAAAGUACUUGGAAGAGAGAGAUGAGCUCACCUUUGAUAAAGUCUUCAACCAGAAGAUUGGGUUCCUACUGUUCAAGGAUUUCUGUAUGAACGAAAUAGACGAGGCCGUUCCCCAGCUGAAGUUCUAUGAAGAGAUUAAAGAAUAUGAGAAGUUGGACUCCGAGGAGGAGAGACUAAGUCGCAGUCGGCAGAUAUAUGAUGGCUACAUCAUGAAGGAACUCCUGUCCUGUUCACAUCCCUUCUCUAAGAAAGCAGUGGACCAUGUUCAGUCUCACCUGGCGAAGAAACAGGUGCCCCCAUCCCUCUUUCAGCCAUACAUUGUUGAAAUCUGUGACAGCCUGCGAGGAAAGAUCUUUCACAAGUUCAUAGAAAGUGACAAGUUUACUCGCUUCUGUCAGUGGAAGAAUGUAGAGCUAAAUAUCCAUUUAACAAUGAACGAUUUUAGUGUUCAUCGGAUCAUCGGUCGAGGUGGGUUUGGAGAGGUGUAUGGGUGCAGAAAAGCAGACACAGGAAAAAUGUAUGCCAUGAAGUGUUUGGAUAAGAAGCGGAUUAAGAUGAAGCAGGGUGAGACCCUGGCACUCAAUGAGAGAAUCAUGCUGUCUUUGGUCAGCACAGGGGACUGUCCAUUUAUUGUGUGUAUGACGUAUGCAUUUCAUACCCCUGAUAAGCUGUGUUUCAUCCUGGACUUGAUGAAUGGUGGGGAUCUCCAUUAUCAUCUCUCUCAACAUGGAGUAUUUAGUGAGAAGGAAAUGCGCUUCUAUGCAGCGGAAAUUAUUCUGGGUUUGGAGCACAUGCACAAUCGUUUUGUUGUCUACAGAGACCUUAAGCCUGCCAACAUCCUCUUAGAUGAGCACGGCCAUGUCCGCAUCUCUGACUUGGGCUUGGCUUGCGAUUUCUCAAAGAAGAAACCCCAUGCCAGUGUGGGCACCCAUGGCUAUAUGGCACCAGAGGUUCUGCAAAAAGGGACGGCAUACGAUAGUAGCGCUGACUGGUUUUCACUGGGCUGCAUGCUGUUUAAACUCCUGCGAGGGCACAGUCCAUUCCGGCAACACAAGACCAAAGAUAAACAUGAGAUUGACCGCAUGACACUUACUAUGAAUGUAGAGUUGCCAGACUCUUUCUCAUCUGAGCUCAAGUCUCUUUUGGAAGGACUGCUACAGAGAGAUGUGGCUAAGAGGUUGGGCUGCCAGGGUCAGGGGGCUUCAGAAGUGAAGGGACAUCUGUUCUUCAAAGGAAUUGACUGGCAACAGGUCUAUCUCCAGAAGUAUUCCCCGCCACUGAUUCCUCCUCGUGGAGAAGUGAAUGCUGCUGAUGCCUUCGACAUUGGCUCUUUUGAUGAGGAGGACACCAAAGGCAUAAAGCUGUUGGAAAGUGAUCAGGAGCUGUAUAAAAACUUUCCCCUGGUGAUCUCAGAACGCUGGCAGCAGGAGGUGGCUGAGACGGUGUACGAGGCAGUCAACAGUGACACGGACAAGAACGAGGCACGCAAGCGUGCCAAGAACAAGCAGCAAGGCCACGAGGAGGACUAUGCACUGGGCAAGGACUGCAUCAUGCAUGGCUACAUGCUGAAGCUUGGAAAUCCAUUCCUGACUCAGUGGCAGCGCCGAUAUUUCUACCUGUUUCCUAACCGUGUAGAAUGGAGAGGAGAAGGCGAGUCUCGGCAAAACUUGUUAACAAUGGAGCAGAUAGUGACUGUUGAGGAGACGCAGAUCAAGGACAAGAAAUGCAUCCUGCUGAGGAUCAAAGGAGGCAAACAGUUUGUCCUGCAGUGUGAGAGUGACCCCGAGUUUGUACAAUGGAAGAAGGAGCUGAACGAAGCGCUCACAGAAGCCCAGAACCUGCUUCGUCGUGCUCCAAAAGUAAUCGGCAAGGGCCGUACUGGCGUGGUGGAACUGUCCAAACCACCACUCACACACCGCAAUAGCAAUGGGCUGUGAGCCACUGUUGUCUUUUGCCCCCAACCUUUCCUCAUAAUCAUGCUUUCUUUUACACUUGGAGACAUUACACCACCUGUUUCAGCUUACCUUCCAUCUUUGCCACAAUCAAUAAAGCAUGUAAAUGUAUAGACAGUCCUCCAAAUGGUCUAUCUGGCGUUCUACUGGACCAUAACUCUUGUUUUAUCAGUCCAGCACACACACACACUCCCAGAUUCAAGCACUGCAGCAGUUACUGUUCCUGGACAACAGUGAAGGACCAAUGUUAAUGUGGACUGAAUGAACACGAAUGAGGCAUACAGUGACAUUGUGUCCUUGCUUUUCUCCCUACCUUUCACACACGUCUUUCGCUUUUAAUCUGUGAACUUCCUCCUUACUCAGUGUUUUCCCCCCAGGCAGGGCCUGGCAUCAGCUGUCCCUGAUCCAAGCACACAUGUACAUAGACUGGAGUGUUGUGCCGUGGGAAGCUGAAUCCUGUGCUCGUGCUGCUGUUCCCUCUACUGUGAAUGUGUUGGUCUCUAUAUGCUCAGGAUGAAGCUCUGUGUGAAGCUGCAGGUAGUGGGCUACAUGGGUCCAUGCAUGCAGGGAAUGUGGGCUGCAUGCUGUUCCAAGUCAGCAUUGAUGCUGGCAGAGCGGAGGCUGGUAGAAUGUCUUUCUGUCCUAACUUCUAGGUUGCGUUAAGAGUUAAAUGAAAUGAUGACAAUGCUGAGGUCUAGUUUGAUGUAAUGUCUCACGAAAUAGAUUUUAGGACAUUGCCUCUAUUGUUAUACCUUUUUUUGGUAAUGGGUAGGGCCACCUUGUUUGGCUCAUUUCUUGAAAUACAUUAUGGUUGACUAGAUAAUAUAUCUAUGGCCUAACUUGAUGUUGGAGGGCAGAGGUGCCCAAUAGCAGUUCUGGAUAACCAGAGUCCAACUCAGCAGUUUACUUAGAGGGUUAUUAGGUAGGUCAGAGCAGAGAAAUUACAAACCUCUGCUUGAUUCCAUCUCUUAAGGACUGCAACCGAAUACCCCUGCCUUUAAAUUUGUUUGCUUUUAAAUGCAUACUGAUUGGUGGACUGUAAUGUUUGGGCUGUUGGGCCCUGCCCUGCUCUCUCUCUCUACUCAAAACAGUCAUCAAUUCCAUUACAGUGUUCUGCACUGAGGAGAUCGGCAGUGAUCAAGGAUUCACUCGAAUUAAUAACGAAAUGAGCGUGAAAAUUUGUUUUUUAGCCCUUUUGAGGGAUCAAAUUCAAUUGGUGUUGCCGAGCUGAACACUUGCAUGCAGCAGUGUGUAUUUUGUGUGUGCAUGUACAUGUUUGGUCACUUGAUUGUGACCGGGCCUAAAAGUGUGGCCAGUAAAACUAUCCGUACACUUCAUUCCCUUCAUUGCACUAUUGUGUGCCACAAGAGGGAGAUGUUUCACUGGUUCAUAACAGAAAUGAGAUGCCACACUCUUCCAACACUGCCUCAAGCCCACUGAACCUUCUCCAAGCCCUGAACCACACCUCUACUUAUCGAAGUGCAAAAAGUGCCAAUACGGAGAGGAUUCUUCAAACCAAGCCUGCUUGACUUCUUCAGUGUGACUCUAGGGUAAACGAUGAACCAAAACAAACCUGCAUUCUCCCUGUUUCACUCAUCCACCUCCUCCAGGAAUGCUCUGAUGGACAAAAAAAAAAAGUGCAACAUGGUGAAAAGACUGAUUUGGAAAAAUGUAAAGGAGCUUUGCAGAAUCCUGAUCUGACUCUAUAUUAUAAGAACCAGUCGUUUCUCUGUGCAUCUACAGUGUACUCUUCUUGAAAGAUGUUUGCAUAUAUGGGGGAUUAUUCUGUCUGCCUGUCUGUUUCUGUUCCUUUGUAUUGGCUUUGGGGAAAGGGGUGGGUUGGGUUUAAUGGCUUUCCAAUUGUUCAUGCAUACCUCAGGAUGAGAUGCAAGUGUGGAAAACCAAAUGAAAGUAGAAUGGCUUGUCAUAGCGAAGUGCAUGGUUCUCAUCUGGGUCACAGCCUGCAUGUGUCAGUGUUGCCAUAAUCCAUCUGCAGGUAGACCGACUGUUAACAUCCGUGCACAUAUUUGUUAAUAUCCUACCCAAAGUGAAGGCAUUCACAAAGGUCUUUGAGAAAGAUGAGCUUACAGGGCCAGUGGGGGGGGACAAAUUUAAACGAUUUGUUGUAAUGCUUGAUUUUCCGUAUAGUUUUAAUUUUUUUUAUAUUGUUUUGAAUGUGACAGACAAACUUCAAAUUUCUAAUAGAAUUUUGAAAUGUGUAUUUUUGACUGGCAGAAAAGAGCACAGUGAAAAGGCAGUUUUGAAAAGUGAAUUUAGCUUUUUUGUUUGUAUAUUUCACAUUUUCCAUGCAAUAGCGGUUAAGUGGUUCUUGUCCAUGCUUUUUAAAAGAUGUUGAUUUUUGCAUGUGAUCCUGAGUUUUGCAAAAUUUUAUAUUUUAUUCUCCACACAGGUGGGGAAUUUUUUUUGUAGCCUACAAGUGUCGAGGAGGUGUCAUCCUAGAGGAAGAUUUGACUUUUUGAGGCUCUUAUUUGACAAACCAAAAUAGUUUGGACAUUUUGAGUUAAAUCACUGUACCAUCAGAAUUCACUAGCUGACAAAAUGUGCCAAAAGACUGUAGGUAAUUGUCGUGAAUCGGUAAGGAACUUUUUGCUCUGCAGCCUGCACUGAUCUACGGUCUACAUUCUACCAUCACCAUCUACAUUCCCUCGGAGCCAAAUUUGAUCAUCACAAGCUUGUGGAAAAGUAUAAAAGUUUGACCAAAUUUAAAUUUAGGUUCUCCAGUGGGAGGAGACUCGGAUGUCAAUAGCCGGACCAUCAAACGGCCAGCGUCCACCUGCACCCGUCAAGAAAAGCAUUUUUGCUUGCCCAGUUCUCAACGAUGGAGCACCUCCACCGAUCCUGAAUAUUCAUGUUUUAUUCAGGGGUUUUUGUAUUUUAUUUUUAUUUUAGCUUUUUAAUCACUGUGUUGAUGUUUGCAUCAUUCAAAUGCUUGUGUGUCUGUUUUGUCAGGUUAAAUUUGUCUGGCAAAAGCAGGUAUCAAAAUGGCAGGUAACAAAAGACAAUAAAUAGGAAAAAAUAGAUAUAUGUAUAUGAAAUGAAAAAUGACUUAGGUUUAUUUAAAGGGUAAAUGUCAAAACAAAAACUUGGGAUUAGGUUCAAAUAUUUGUAGUGAGGAAUCUUGCACAUAAAUUUAGUAUUACAGAUUAUUUUUGUCUGUUUAUUGCAAGAUUCUCUUGCUUUCCUUCAUAUUUAUUGUCUGGCUGGGGCACUAAUCUCGCUGUGCUAACUCUGUGUUACAUGGGUUGUGCUAGCACAGGGAGCUGUUGAAGGUUCUGGUUUACAGUCACCACAAUUUUUUUUUUUUUUUUUUUUUUUGGUGCCACCAGCAAACACAAGUACUACUGUAGGGGUAAUUACCAUUUAAAAUUAAGUCAGUUAUUAUUGAAGUUGACUAGUAAUUAUUUUUCCCCCAGAGAGGUGAGAAGCGUGUUGGACUGCCAAUUAAAAGUUGAGAAAUAAAAGCCCUUUUUUUU